ACAAAGAUUAUUAAACAUUAAACCGACUCUUAAAGAAAGGCGUUCAUUUUACAAUCGCAGCUAAAUAGCAAAUAGCCGAAACUGAACUGAGCUGAAAAACUAACAUGCGCCCGGCACGUUACCGAUGAAGCAAGCUACUUUAAUCAGACCCAGACUCAGACACAGAAGAAGCACACCAACGGCAGCCACCACGAUGUGUCCCAAAAGGCAUUGGCUAGUCAACAACAGCGCAGCGGGCUCGCGAGGAUCGGGAGGAUCAGGAGGAUCAGGAGGAGCGGCGGCGCGGAGCAGGCGCAGUCUAGACCAAAUAGUAGAAGUAUUAGUAGCCUUAAUCGUAGUCAAUUGCCUGGCCACAGCAGCAGCGGCGCUGAUCACACCGCCCGACAGCCUCGAGUCACUGGGCUCCCUGGGCAGCCCGUCAUCCUCCUUCGCCUCCUCCUCCUCCUCCGAGGACGACGAUGACAUGACUAGCGGCUUCUACCGCAGCCCGCACCGCCUGGAGGGCUAUCCGCAGUUGCAGCAGCUGCAGCGCGGCCACAACUUCAAGAUCAGCCCCAAGCCGUGCUCCUUUGGCCGCGUCGAGGGCACCUGCAUGUUCGUGUGGGAGUGCAUCAAGUCCGAGGGCAAGCACGUGGGCAUGUGCGUCGACUCCUUCAUGUUCGGCUCCUGCUGCACGCACAACUACACGGACAACAUCGUCCUGCCCCAGACGGCCUUCUCCUACACGAGGCCCACGAAGCCACUCACGCUCCGCCCGCGACCGCCGGCAGCGCCCUACAAGCCGAUGAUCAGCGGCAUGACCACCAUAGAGCGUCCCCACGGCGCUGGCACCCUUGUGAUUCGUCCUUCGGGUCCGCACCACCAGGGCACACUGGCGCGCCCGCAUCCGCCGCCCUACCAGAGCAAGCCCACCACCGCCUCGGAUCUGCAGGGCUCAGCCUCGCAUCCCAGCUCCAGUUCCAGCUCCAGCUCCAGCUCCAGCUCUAAUAGCAUUUGGCAUACAUCGACCCAGCAGCAGCAGCAGCAACAGCAUCAGCAGAACCACUGGCAGAUGACCACCGAGCCGAGCUUUAUUACCAAGCCGCGACCCACCGGCUGGACCAAGCCCGGCAUCGUCAAUUUGCCAAUGCCCGCGCGACCCUCCAAGCCGUCGAAGCCCACAAAGAAACCGAUUGUCUACGACCGGACACCACCGCCGCCGCCGCCUCCGUCCGUCCCACCGUCCACAUCCACAUCGACGACAUCAACGUCGCUGAUUUGGCCGGGCCAGACGCAUCCCCCCCAGCCGCAUCGCCCCACCAGGCCGCAGCUGUCGCCGGGCGCAUCAUUAGCCGCAUCCUCGUCCUCGCAUUGGCCAUCGUCAACCACCUCAACGACAUCCACAUCCACAUCCACAACCACGACAACAACCACACGACGAACAACCACACCGGCGACCACGACGAGGAGGACCACGACAAACAAGCCCACAAGGCCCUACCAGCGGCCCACCACGGCGAUCUCCAGCUCGAGCACCUCCACCACUUCGGGCAAGACUCCCACCACGUCCAGGCCGAUUAGCUCCAGCAGCUCCAGCAGCACCAGCGCAAUCGUCACCAGCAGCCAACGGCCAACGCAGCCUACGCACCGUCCGCCGGUCCUGGCCACCUCCGGCAUCGAGACCAACGAGAUAUCCGACUCCUCCAUCCCCGACGUCGGAGCUCUGGGCCAUGUGAAGACCAUUUCGGCUGCUCGCAGCGAGUGCGGAGUACCGACUUUGGCGCGGCCCGAGACGCGGAUCGUGGGCGGUAAGAGCGCGGCCUUCGGUCGUUGGCCCUGGCAGGUGUCGGUGCGGCGCACCUCCUUCUUUGGGUUCUCCAGCACCCACCGCUGCGGUGGCGCUUUGAUCAACGAGAACUGGAUAGCCACCGCCGGACAUUGCGUGGACGACCUGCUCAUCUCGCAGAUACGCAUCCGCGUGGGCGAGUACGACUUCUCGCAUGUGCAGGAACAGCUGCCCUACAUCGAGCGCGGGGUGGCCAAGAAGGUGGUGCAUCCCAAGUAUAGCUUCCUCACGUACGAGUACGACCUGGCGCUGGUCAAGCUGGAGCAGCCGCUCGAAUUCGCGCCGCAUGUCAGUCCCAUUUGCCUGCCCGAGACGGAGAGCCUUCUAAUUGGCAUGAACGCCACGGUCACCGGCUGGGGUCGUCUCAGCGAGGGCGGCACCCUGCCCUCCGUCCUCCAAGAGGUCUCCGUGCCGAUUGUAAGCAACGACAAUUGCAAAUCGAUGUUCAUGCGGGCCGGUCGCCAGGAGUUCAUUCCGGAUAUAUUCCUAUGUGCGGGCUAUGAAACGGGAGGGCAGGACUCCUGCCAGGGCGAUUCAGGAGGUCCACUGCAGGCCAAGUCGCAGGAUGGGCGCUUCUUUCUGGCCGGGAUCAUCUCCUGGGGCAUUGGCUGUGCCGAGGCCAAUUUGCCCGGAGUCUGUACGAGAAUCUCCAAGUUUACGCCGUGGAUACUGGAGCAUGUCAGAUGAUGAUCCGAAGAUACUGACGAUGGCAGAUCGACUUUUGUUAUUUGUUUUAAUUUAUCAGUUGUAGCUAUAAGUCUUGUGUGAUUUAACUUAAAGGAAUGUUAAGCGUAGUUAGCUUCAAUUUAACAAUUUUAACAGCAUAGACCUUGACUUGGCCUUGUGGGCCACUGCCACGCCCCUAUCCGCACUCACCCACUUACAUACGCACA